GCAUGCACACUUUUGAGCAGAGUUACUCACAAGAGAGAGGCAACUAUUAUUUUCUUUCUUACUUCCUUCCGACAUGUUUUUCUAUCGGGAAACAAAGGCAGUCCCCUUCCAUUUAUAUAUGUUCUAAGCAGCUGAUCAGGCUGAUCUUCCAUCUAUGUAUUCUAUAUGCUAUGACAUUGGCAAACACUAGUGAAUAGAUAAAGGAAUAAAUGGAAAUGAUGGAUACAUAUAUAUGAUAAAUAGAGUUGUCCAUUUCUCUCGGAUGUUUCAGUAAUUAUUGUGCAUUCGUAUCGUAAGUGUUAUAAAUAAUUAGUCACAUUAUCUGUGAGUCAUAUAACGGUCACAUACGACAGAUACACAUCCGUCGCGAAUUAACGCAGAGAGACUGCAAACCGUUUUUGCGUACAUUGUCAAACAUAUCACAAUGGCUACAAUUACAUGUUUAUCCGACGAAGUGAUCAGCAUCAUCCUGGGAAAUGUCAAUAUUAGCAUUACGGAUGUCAUGAGUUUUGCUUCCACAUGUAAGCAUUUCCACAACAUGAUCAAUGAUGACAACAUACUUUGGCAAAACAAGCUUUACCAAAGAUGGCCUGAUUUGAAAAAAGUUUAUGAUAAACGAAAAAGCGAAGAGUAUGUAAAUUUUGAAAAAGAAGUAAAAGCAAGUUUAAAAUGCAGGAAAGAAUUAUGGUGUUACGUGAUGCAAAUGUCUGAAAUGCAUUAUUAUAAAGACGAUCUAUCUGAUAGUGACAUGAAGGAUUUUAAUUCAUUAUUCCACCCAGAUAAGGGCGCGUAUUAUAUGAAUUAUUAUUUUCUCACAGAUGAAAUAAUGAGUUUCCUUGCAAAAUUUCCAAGCGACUGUAAUUUGACACAUAGAUAUUACAUCAAAAAGCUUCUUCGAUACCUGCGACAAUGCCAUCUAAAGGAUAUAUGGAAAAAAUUUAUAAAUUAUUCCGAUAAACAGCAACUUUUAGAACAGGCAGCUACUAUCGUAGCUCAAUGGUAUCAACCCAGAAAACAUGUUUCUUACUCGCGUGUAAAAGCAUCAUUGGCGGACAUUGCACAGCAGGUAUUGGAAUGUCUUAAAAAGAAAAAUCCCGAGCAUCCAAUUUUUUCGACGUCCGCUGAACAGUUUUCCUCUUGGGAACAUAAUAAUGUUGAUGAUAAUCAAUGGGAUAGCAUAGAAGGAAAACAGAUUAUAGAAACACUACGAGAAGUUUUAUUUGAUAAAGUAGGUUUUUCUGGAAAUUGGCUUUCUGUGACUCCCGACGUUUUUAAUCCACAACAUACCCUUAUAGAUCUUGUUUUAGAAAGAAAAAUUGGUAAUACUGUAUCACUGGCAAUAAUAUUCCAAGGUGUGGCAAGAAGACUUGGUAUACGUUGUGAUCUAAUAUCUUUCCCGGGUCACUUUUUUUUAAAUUGGAAGUCAAAAUAUGUAUUGUGUGCUUACAGUAAUACAACGAAUUCUAAAAAUGAAGAAUGCUUCUAUAUUGACGUCUUACAUCAUGGACGUAUUCUAAGCAGGAACGACUGUCCCAGAAUUCGUGGUGCUAAAAAGUGUCCUAUAGAAAAUUUCAAUACAUAUAGCAAAGCUAGUCCCGUAGAGGUAAUGUUGCGGAUGAUCAAUAAUUUGCAAAUGGCAAAUCGUGAUAAAAAGACAGAAACGCGUUCAUUAUUAGAGCUCCAGCAUCUAAUAGAACCGGAUAAUAUAGACACGAUUGCGCAGUUGGGUCGCUACUAUAUACUGCAUCACAUGGAUUUAUCAGAUCUCAUGGUUAAAUUGACUGAAAUACAGAAUAACUAUAAGAAUAUUAGAUGUGCAGAAUUAAGACGUGCCGAAAUGGUAUUGGAUAAGUUCAGGAAAUAUACAGAAAGACUUCUGCCUUGCAAUAAAACAAUAAGACAGAAAAAAAAGCAAAGAACAAAGGAAAUGUUGUUUAGGGUUGGAAUGAUUGUGAGAUGUCAUGAUAAAGUCACAUCUCGCUCCUUGUUAGGUGUAAUCAUUGGGUGGGACGAGGAAUUUAACUCGCGCGUGGAAAUGGAAUGGAAGCAAUGCAGACCUUUAUAUAAUCGUCCUGUUCCUGGAUCUAAUACUCUAUCGCAACCGUUUUACAAAGUUCUUUGUGAAGGAGAUAAAGCAUAUUAUGUUGUCGAAGAUGCCAUAGAGAAGAAAUCUUAUCCGAGUUGGAUGAAACACAAAGAGACUGGCCGAUAUUUUUGUAAACAUGAAAAGGGUUACUAUGUACCAAACAAGAUGUUAGCAGAUCAUUAUCCAUGUGAUCUGCGAUAAUUAAGUCUUGAUAACAUAUAUACUAAAAUUAAUCACUUUUACUUUUAACUUUUUUAUCAAGAAAAUACCUAGACAAAGACCUUGUAAAAUGUGCUGCCUUUUUUUACUGAAUGAAUAAUUAUAUCAAGUAUCAAAAUAAUUAAUCAAAUAAUGGCAAAAAAUGAAUAAGUGUGAUAUUUUAUAAUUCACUGAACAUGAUUGAUAAUGUGAGAGAAUUUUCAAUUUCAUUUAAUUUUUGCGCAUAUUGCAAUAAAAUUUUAUAUAUGAUUUUUUGUACAGAGAGAUUUAAGACAAGAUGUUUAUAUUUAAUAUAGUAUUUUGAUUCAGUUAUACAUAUAGCAGAUAUAUUAAUUACAUUGUUAAUAAUAUAUAUAUAUAUUUAUAAUUUGUGUUGGAGAAACGACAUGGUUUUUUUUUUUAUUUUACACUAAUAUAUUUGCAAAGAACACAAAGUUUGCACAAAAUAUGGCAUAUAAUAAUGCAAUACAAUAUUUCUAAAAUUAAUAGUAGGACUGCACCCAUAAACGAAAUUCUGUACAUUUUACAAGGCAAUUUUCUAUCUCCAUUUUCUUUUUUUUUUUUUUUUUUUUCUUGCUUACAUUCUUGCUUUCUUUGACUUUGGAUGGAGACCUGUGGUGUGCCUACCUAUUUUAUACCACCAAAGUUAAGCAAGUAUUGCGAUGUUUUACAAAUAUAUUCUUUCUUAUAAUAUGAUCAUGUAUAAUGACACUCUAUGUCCUUUUUUUAGUAUAAAACAAAAAGUAUAUCCCUUUAUAUCUUAUAACAUAAUUAUAUAUUAGGAGAUUGUAUUGAUUGUGUUAAAGAGGGAACAAAAGUUCUAAUCUAUAGUUGAUAGUUGUAAAAUCAAAAAUGUAUAACAUUACAAUAAAAGAUAAAUUUAUUUGUAU